UUUAAUUAGACCGACUAUUAAUGACCUUUCUGUUUUCUUCGAAAAUGGAAAUUAAGAGGGGAUGAAGUGCUCGGUAUAAAUAUUGUAGUGCAUACAACAGUGUUGUUUUUAGUUUUGAGUGAUCCAGUAAAAUUUUAGUGCUUUGCAACAAUGUCGUUUCUUCGAUGUGCGUUUCUGUUGUUCAUCUAUCAGCUGAUUGUGAUCCGUUCACAAGAGAAUAUUUCUGAUAAUGUCGAGUACUGCUAUGUUACUGAUGAAGAAAGACCACAAGCGAAAUUAUUUGCAACAAUAACUGCAUACAGAAUAGCAACAAAAGAUCUGCCACAUUCGAACGAUGAGUUCGUGCUUCCAAAUUGUGUAGCCUCCAAAGCAAUCAUUUGGGCACGGCACGGAUUACGCUUACCUUCAACUAAAGAACAAAAGCCACUUCGAAGAGUGGAACAGUUGCACAAAGAACUUAUUGCAAACAUUAACGCGUUGUCAACGAAUCCAUUAUGCUCUGACGAUUUCGAAGCAAUUAAAGAAUGGACAUGGAACCGCACUGUUACUGGUGAUCGUGGAUCCGACUUGUCUAAGGAAGGAUUUGAAGAAUUGCGUCAUAUUGCACUCAAGUAUCAACAACACAUUCCGAAUCUUUUCAAUCGUAGCUACGAUCCAAACGAAUUUCAUUUCGGGCAUACAGAAAAAAAUCGAACAAGAGACAGUUUUCGUUCAUUUGUCGAUGCAUUAUUCGGUGAAGAUGCCCAUCAACACAUAAAUACCGCACUACCAGACGGUGGUCCCGAGUUACUGCUCAAAACCUAUUCAUAUUGUCCGGAAUGGACCGAUUUGAAAGAGUCUGUGAAUAUGCCAGAUUCUGAGCCGAAAAAAUUCGAAAGAUCCGAAUUAUUCGUGAAUAUGGUGGAGGAUAUCAAUCUACGUUUCGGUUUCAAUGGAACAUUGCAAGUAGAUGACAUUAUCAAUAUGUACGAUAUCUGUCGAAAUGAACAAGCUUGGAAUAUAAAUGUUGGCAGUGCCUGGUGCUCGCUUUUCACCACAUUUCAAUUUGUACUACUUGAAUACCUGGAAGACGUGAGAAUGCUCUAUAAAUCCAGCCAAGUAUUCAAUAUUAAUAGAAACAUUGCAUGUCAUGCAGUCAAGGAUUUACUGAACCGUUUAGAAUCGAAUGAAUCUCCAAUAGUAACGGCUUAUUUCACGCAUUCAACUAGAGUCCAACAAGUCUUGGCAACGCUGGGGGCUUUUAAAGGAGAAAAGUUACCGCAGUCGGACAAUUUCAAUGAAAUGCAUGACAGGAAGUGGAAAACGAGCGUUGUCAGUCCUUCUGCAGCCAAUUUAGCUGUUAUUCAAUACGAAUGCGGCACCGAAUCAAACGUCAAAUUUUUCAUAAAUGAACAAACUCUGCACUUGGAUUGGUGUUCAGCUGAUGGAGUGUGUAAAUUGUCCGAUAUGCUAAAUGUAUUUGCACGCUUUAGAAAUGCUGAAUGUGAUACAAACUUUUGUCAUGGAGAAGAAUGAACGAUUUACCUAGCGAUUUACAACAUUGGAAAUUUGAAUUUGAAUAA